UGCCAGGCAGGAUACAUGUCAUAACCUAAAACUAAAUACAACAUUCUAUAGUUUAACCACAAAAGAUAUAAAUCAGUGCUAUAAAAAAUGAAUUUAGAACUAUUAGAAUCAUUUGGACAGAAUUAUCCAGAGGAAUUUGAUGGUACAUUGGAUUGUAUAUCUCUUGCUGUCACUUGUACAUUUAAUAAAAGAGGAACACUAUUGGCUGUUGGUUGCAACGAUGGAAGACUUGUGAUUUGGGAUUUUUUGACUCGUGGUAUAGCUAAGAUUAUUAGUGCUCAUGUACAUCCUGUGUGCUCAUUAAGUUGGUCGAGAAAUGGUCAUAAAUUAUUAAGUGCUUCUACAGACAAUAAUGUAUGUAUUUGGGAUGUCUUGUCUGGAGAAUGUGAUCAAAAAUAUAGAUUUCCUUCUCCAAUAUUAAAAGUACAAUUUCACCCAAGAAAUCUCAACAAGUUUUUGGUAUGUCCAAUGCGUCAUGCUGCUGUUAUGGUUGAUGUUGAAGGUACACAUAGAGUUAUACCACUUGAUGAAGAUAGUGACUUAAACAUAGUAGCAUCAUUUGACCGACGUGGAGAUUAUGUAUAUACAGGGAAUGCUCGUGGUAGAGUUUUAGUUCUUGAUGCUGAGACAUUAACUGUAAAAGCCUCUUACAAAAUUUCACAAGGUACCGCCAGUAACACAGCGGUAAAAAGUAUAGAAUUUGCACGACGAGGCUCCUGUUUCUUGGUUAAUACAUCUGACAGAGUAAUUCGUGUAUAUGAUAGUACUGAAAUAUUAGCAUGUGGCAAAGAUGGUGAACCUGAACCAAUUCAGAAACUGCAAGAUCUUGUAAAUAAAACAAUGUGGAAAAAAUGUUGCUUUUCCGGUGAUGGAGAAUAUGUUUGUGCUGGAUCAGCGAGGCAGCAUGCAUUGUAUGUGUGGGAGAAGAGUAUCGGAAACUUGGUGAAAAUCCUUCAUGGGACCAAAGGUGAACUUUUACUUGAUGUUGUGUGGCAUCCGGUAAGACCAAUAAUUGCAUCCAUAUCAUCAGGGGUAGUUUCUAUUUGGGCGCAAAAUCAAGUAGAAAAUUGGUCCGCAUUCGCACCAGAUUUCAAAGAACUGGAUGAAAAUGUGGAGUAUGAGGAAAGAGAGAGCGAAUUUGAUUUGAGUGAUGAAGAUAAGUCUGUUGUACAAGGAGAGGAGGCUCAGGAUGAAGAAAUAGAGGUUGAUGUCGCAUCAAUUGAUAGAGUUGCCGCGUUUUGCAGCUCGGACGAAGAAACCGAGGAUAUCGGUUCUCUUCAAUUUCUGCCUAUAUCUCCGGAUGUGGAAGAUUCUGAAGAUAAUCAAGUGACACCGCAUGAGCCACCGCUGAAGAAACAUCGUUCACAUGAUAUAAAUUUACAGGGUGCACCAACCGAUGAAACUCAUCCCUUAUUAAAUAAAGGAAAAGAUAAGCCAACAACAAAGAAAGGAAGACCAAGAUUGGAACAUAGAAAAGGAAAAUGAUUUAGUAUAUAAUUCAUAAGAUAAUAAUGACAUAUUUAUUAUUUAUAAAAUGACGAAAAGUUACAAGACUGUAAUUUUAUAUGAUUAUAUAAUUGUAUAAAUGUAAAAUCGAUUGACAUUAAGAAUUAAUUAUAUGAGAUAGUAUCUUCCAUCAGAUAUACAAUACAAAACUUUAAAUAUUUUUAUUUAAGGAAAAGUAUUACACCAUUGCAUUGAAGGCAAUGGCCACUAUCGUCAGAUACACACGAACAAUUUAUCUGUUUUU